AUGGUUGGAUCAGCUUCUGGUUCUACCCCCACUCUGCCCCGAGCGGAGGGGGAGGGCCCUCGGGCCCCCUUGGUGCGUCGUGAUCCUGAGGAGGCAGCUCAGGAGGCCUAUGACGAGUUCAUUCGUGCUGAGUUGGGUGAGGCGGCGGCUAAGCAGGCGACCGAGAUGGCGAGGCGUUCAGUUGAAGAGUAUAACCGCGUGUUAGAGGAAAGGUCACCCCCUCAAGCGACCCCAACACUGAAGCAUCAAAGUAUGGUUACUGAGUCGGCUGAGGACAACAAGCAGGCCGAGUUAUCACAGACGAGAGGUAUGUUGGCGCCUCUCCUCACUGGUCAGACGUUGCAAGUGGUGACCGCCCAGAUGCCGGAAAGAUACGAUGGAGCCUCCGACCUAAGGAUCUGGUUCCGAAGGUUCGAGGCAGAUGCCAGGGCGGCCGGUUGGAACGAGCACAUGAUGGCCGAGAGAUUGGGUAGCUUCUUCAGGGAUUCCUAUUUUGAUACUUGGGAUGAGAACGCUGGCAAGAAGGACUUCGCUGCUGAUCGAGAGAUGAUGUUACAGCUCUUUGACCUGAUUCGUCCCGACGAGGCCUUGGAAAAGUUCCACGCCUUAUCUUGGGACGGGAAGGGUCAUGUCAGUCAGUUCAUGGCCAUCUUGAAGCGGGCCCUGGAGGAGUACGACAAGAUGUUACCGGCGGAGGAGAAACUUCCCCCUUUGGUUAAGAGUCGUAUGUUGUUGGAUCGGCUUAUUGCCUGUGCCCCGGAGGGAGCCAGGCCGGUUUUGAGAAGACGUCGACCUAAGGGUAUCACUGAGGUCUGCCAGAUUAUAGAGGAUUACAGAGGGAAGCAGUCUCGGACGGCCAAGCACGCUGCGGCGGCUGUGUCCGAGGAUGAGCAUGCGUGCCCCGGGGCGGUGGCGCAACACCCCUCAGACAAGGACAAGCAGUUGGCUUCGCUUAUCGAAUCUCAGACUAAGGCUAUCAACGCUAUGCAUACUUCGCAGAAUGCCCUGCUUGGGUCCCUGAAGGACAUCCUCAAGGCUCAACAAGACCCUGGUCGUAAGGAUAAGGACAUGCGUGCAGGGCCCACGCAGCCCAGGAGACAGCUGAUGCCGUGCGGGCUCUGUGAGGGGAAGCAUGCAUCCUACAACUGUCCUCAUAAGAAGUUCAGUGAGGGUUGCUAUAUCUGUGGUUCUAAGGCACACCUGUCCCGCUCGUGUCCUGAGCGCCCAGCUCUGCUGGAGAAGAUUAAGAAGGAGAAACCGGUGCGUAUUAUUGGUAGGAAUACGAAGGCAGGCCCGCCUGGUAUUCCAUGGUUGAUGCGAGAUGCAUUGGACGCCGUUGACAGAGGUGUACGGUCGAGGCGGUGUUGCCAAGGUGGCAGCGCGACCUCCUAUAUAGAUUCUGUGUUGAGCAGUCCUACUUCGAUGAUGGAGUCGGUGUCUCCAAGGAUAGCUUUGAUGGCUGCCCAACAACGUCAAGUGUUAGAAACUACUGGGAGAUUGGUAACGCAAGGUGUCCAGACCGUUGACUCCGAAGAAGAGGUGGUCACGGGUGUGGUCGAUAUAGGGAGCCAGACCGACAAGAUCUUGGUUGAGGACAAGGCUAAUACUGAGGCAUCGGACAAGGCUGUGGGCGAGGAUGUGGCCUACAGUGAUACGUCGAAGGAUACGGUUUCGGUGCCUGUUGAGGAUUGGUGUGAGAAGCCUUGUCCCGAAGAAGAGAUAGAAAUCGACUGUGUGAGAGAGCCAGAACAUUAUUGCGUGGGCUGUGCAGCUGCAUUUGCCCAUUUGGAUGUCUCCACCUUCGAUUUCCCUUGUGAUAUUUGCUCUGCCCCGACUGGGUGUGCCGGCCUGAGAGCGGAUGGGCCUCUCAUGACUAAUGAGGAGUUAGAGAGAGCCAACUUGAAGCUCCCGGCCGAAUCACAGGCUAGAGUUCCCGGCACGUCUAAGCCGAAAGGGAAAGAGCUUAUUAAGGGAGAGGAGUGGCCCCCAGCUGCUUGGGAGCAUGUAGAUGGUUUCGAAGGAGAUGAUAUCUGCCAAGAUCCCUUACGGUUUGCGGUCCCAGAGUUUCUGGACGAGACGGUUAAGCUACCAGAUAUAUGUGAGAGCCCUACAGAAGCGCAACAACCAGUUGCUGACCUAUGUGAGGAGUUCAAGGACCUCUUCGUUCUACGUCCCGGACGUUGUACUCAAGCUGAGCACUCGGUCGAGACUGGGACGACUCGUCCGAUUUGUGAGAGGAUAAGGCCUAUUCCUCACAAAUAUCGGGAUGAGAUUUCGGCCUUACUGAAGGAGAUGGAGGAGCUUGGUGUUAUUAGAAGGAGUACGUCGGCAUGGAGGUUCCCGUGUGUCUUCGUCCCGAAGAAGAAUGGUAAAGUCCGGAUGUGUAUUGACUACAGGAACCUCAACAAGGCAUGCCAUACUGAGGCGUACCCUGUGCCCCGGCCAGACGACGUACAAGAGCACCUGGCUGGUGCACGAGUGUUCUCGACUCUCGAUUUGAGAAGUGGUUACUGGCAGAUCCCGGUUCGCAAGGAGGACCAACGGAAGACCGCCUUCUGCCCCGGUCCAGGCUUCCCAUUGUAUGAGUGGGUGAUGAUGCCCUUUGGUUUGGCAAGUGCCCCGGCUACCUUCCAGCGGUUGAUGGAUGCUAUCCUGGGACACCUUCCCUUUGUAAGGGUUUAUCUCGAUGACGUCCUAAUCUUUAGUAGAUCUGAUGAAGAGCAUCUGGAGCACUUGAGGAUCGUCUUUGAGCUUCUACGGGCGACUGGUAUGACGGUGGCUGCUGAGAAGUGCGAGUUUAUGCAGGAUCGAGUGACCUAUUUGGGUCAUAUGUUCAAUAGUACUGGUAUGAGUCCCGACUUGGGUAAGGCCGAGGUUAUCUUACGGUGGCCUCUACCUCGGACUGCCCCGGCCCUUCGGUCUUUCUUAGGGCUGGCAGGGUACUAUAGGAAUUUUGUCCCGCACUUUGCGGAUAAGUCUCGGUGUCUUUAUGAAAUUGUGAACUACUGUACGAAGAACAAGGUUGUGGAACUCGGAAAUCAGUGGGGCAAGGAGGAAGAGCUGGCCUUCAAUGACCUGAAGCAGUGGAUAGCCAGCCUCCCCUUGUUGGCCUAUCCAGAUUUCUCGAGACCGUUUCAGCUCAUGACCGACGCCAGCGAUGUAGCGAUAGGGGCUGUGGUGGAGCAGGACGGAAGGCCUUUAGCCUUCUUCAGCCAGUCUCUGACCCCUACCCAGAAAGUCUGGCCGGUGUAUGAGCGGGAAGCCUAUGCUAUCUUCAAGGCAUUGGAACGGUUCAGACCGUUGCUCUGGGGUUACCAUUUGGAAUUGGUCGUCUUUUCGGACCACAAGCCUUUGGAAUGGAUACAGACGGCUACGACGGCGAAAGUGCAACGCUGGCUCAUUAGUAUGUCUCAGUUUAAAUUUAAGGUAUUUUACAAGAAGGGUAAGCACAACGUCGUAGCUGAUGCCUUGUCCCGGAUUACUACAUCCGACGACAAAGUGGCAGAGCCAGAUCUUGGAGCACUCCAGCGUGAACUGCAAGGUACGCCUGCCCUGGUGACGGACAAGCUAUUGACUGAAGGCAGGGAGGCCGAUGCGAUGGAGAAGGACAAUUUUGCCCCUGCUUGUGUUCUCACCCUCUGUGAGCAAUGGUCAACAGCUGAUUUGGUACGUGAGCAAGAGUUGGAUCCUGUUCUUCGGGUGGUGAGAGACAGGGUCUGGACAGGAGAGCCUUUAGCGAAGGAUGAGCUCAAGGAUCUAGAGUAUCGGCCUUAUCGGAGAGUUUGGCUAACCCUCCGGGUUCAUGAUUCUGGUCUAUUGGUACGAAGAGUGCAGAUUAAUGAAGAGGCGACUUCGAGGUUUGUUCCAGUGGUCCCCGAAGGUCUUCGACGCCAAGCAUUAGAUCGGUUUCAUGAGGAGGCGGGACACUUUCGACGAGAGCACAUGGUGGCACGGUUGAGACGUACAGCUUACUGGCCAGGUAUGAGUAAGGAUAUUAGUGAGUUCUUGUUGCACUGUGAAGGCUGUGCACCCCAUAAGAACGUCUUGCUACCCCACUUGCCGUAUGUCCCGUACCCGGUUGGUUCGCCUUGGCAUACAGUAGCUAUCGAUUUCCUGACGGUGGCUCCCAGCAGAAGCGGUGUAUCUAAACUAUUGGUAGUGGUGGACCACUUCACAAGGUGGGCCGAAGCUGUCCCCGUGGCAGGUGAGAGUGCUGCGGAGGCACUGAAGGCCCUACUGAAUAUCUUUUCGAUUCAUGGUCCCCCGGUUAGGAUACUCUCAGACCAGGGGAGUGCGUUCGAGUCUCAGCUGUUCAAGGAUGUCUUGGCUCAGCUAGGUAUAGCUAAGUCCCGUACUUCGGUCUAUCACCCCAAUGCAAAUGGUCAUGUGGAGAGGUUUAACAGCACCAUUCUCAAUUUAUUGAGAACUCAUGUGACGAGGGUGGAUACCUGGCAGGAUCACUUACGGUCAGUGUUGUGGGCCUACAACACUACACCUCAUAGUGUGACUGGGUAUGCCCCAUUUUUCCUAAUGUAUGGGCGGGAGCCGCCUACAUUAUUUUUCCCAGCUUUGGAACCUUACGUUGAUUACGUGUUUGAUCCACAAGGUUAUCAGCGCCAUUUGUCUCGUAUUCGGGCUUGUAUCGAGGACAAUGUCGACGAGUGGGUUACUGCUCAUGGUGCUGGGUUCCAAGCGCUGAAAGAGAGGGAGAAGAUUGCUGCUGCACGUCGACAUUUUGUGGGACAACGUUUUGAUUCUUCUUGCGCCAAGGGCCUUUGUGUUCCAAGUCCUGGGCCGUUCCCCAUCAUGGCGACACCUACAUCUGCGUCCAACCCAGUUAUAGAAGCCUCAAACGGAGGAGAAGAUCCAGUUCAAUCCUCACGACCUGCUCUUCGAAGGCAAUCUUGUGUCGACUCUGCUGCGGAGUUCCACUCGCCAGGAUCCUUACAAGAAGAGCUGCGUAAGGCGAGGCUGUACAGGGGUCGACUUCGAUCACAGUUGCGAGACACUACUGAGCAACUGAACAACCUCAUUGUGUCAUCCGAAGAUGAUGUUCAAGUACAUGAUGUCCUUGCUGAUCGGGAGAAAGAUCUCCGGUUGGCACUGGAGGAGCAGGGUGCUUAUGUGGUAGCUCUUGAGCUACGGUAUGAUGAGCUCACCGAAAAGAACUCCCAGAUUUUGGGCCGGUCGAAGACGUUGCCUUCUGUUGUCGGUGCUCUUCCUUCUGAGCUUCCAAACCAUACACCUAGCUUGAACGGGCAUCAUCUACUGAACGAUGCCAGAUUAUCGAACACACACUCGUGUGUUUCUUCAGGUCGUGGACAGCGAGAUCAGCGAGUCAUACUUCCUCGGGUCGACAAUGGUAGCAAUGUACCCGUCUAUGGAGCUAUCCUUCCCCCGCCCUGUAGUCAGCCGACAUUGGCGACUCCAGCACCUUACCAGCAAGCAGUUCCACGGCCCGAAGCCUUCGUUAUGACUCCUGGGGCACCUGUUCCGACCAGGGUCUCAGGUCAAGAUGUACGUCCAGUAGAUUCUGUUUCCAAUGUUGGUGUACCUCCUCGUAUGAGUGUUCCUAAGAAGUGUGAUUCAGCUGCCAUCGGUAAGCUGGCGAUACAGUCACUGCGAAAGAGUCAUCAAUUCUCUCAGCACGUACUUAGGAUUGAGGAAGUACUUCACGAAGCUGGUGAUGGUUUCUAUGAUGAAAAUGGAGCCUUUCAACCCCACUACGGGCUGAGGCAUGCUUGUAUUCAGAAGUUCCUUACCACACUCAACCAGUGUCCCGAGGUGAUGGAUACGGCUUCUGGUACCUAUGAUGUACGUGGUGACAAUUGGAGUGCGAUCAAGGAGGCAUGUAUCAGCGCUUACGGGCGUAGAAGUGUUUUGGUUGAGAAGCUCAACUUCAUCGUGUCUGGACUGAGAUUCAAGUCAGUGAGAGACAUCGAGUCGUACUUGAAAGAUGUCAUCGCUGCUUGUGAGAUCUAUCGAGUCGUCUACAGUACCGGAUCUACCGAUGCCCAACUGAUUCAAUUUGUGCGACAGAUUCUCUCUAAAUUACCUCGUGAGAUAGUCCAAGGUGUGAUCCGCCGCUGUAAAGACAGGCUGGGAACCCUCGAGGGUGACUGGGAAUGUGCUGUUCCGGUCCAUUCGUCGGGGUCGGUCAACCGAGAGAGUAUUGUUGAGUUCAUUCGUAUGGAGGCAAGAUUGAUGGAGGAGACCAAUAGUAUCCUACCGUCUAGAUCAUCAACUCCUCUCAACGACUCGGUAAAAGCUAUUCAGGCUGAUGAGACCAGUAAGAGUAAGAGUGAUGGAGGUGGUAAGUCUGGGGUGAAGUCUGCUUUCAAGGAGUUCCUUGGUCGUCACCGAGCGGUUUUUGGUGUUACUGGUUACGGUUGCAAGAACAAGGACGAGGUGGUAUCUCUUUGUCGACCUGAUGCUAUUCUAUCUCGUCACAAUCGUCAAGGACGUGUCUACUACCUUGUUGGUUAUCAGAACAGAGAGGUUGGUCUAGCUAACGUAUCCUCUCUGCCGGCUCCCAAGUUUCGAGCCUGGGAGGUGGAAGACUACUCUAAGAAGAAUGGUAACCGUAACGCUAAUGGUGGUGUUCUCAACGGCGACCCCAAGGUUGUGUCAAAAGAAGGGGACAAGCCGAGUCAGGGAAACUAGACAGGAUGAAUGAUGAGAGCCAAUGUUCGAAUACGAUCGAGGCUCUCGGACAUCCGGUUCAGUUGACCAAUUUUGAUGUCAUUUCUUUUGUAUCCCCUGUACCACCCGAAAUGAUGUUGAGGGUGAUAAUUCGUUCUGCAAGCAGUGCAAUCGAUGCUCCAUUCUUGGAGGCUCGCUGCAUUGUAGAUUCUGGCGCUGGUCGUCCGUAUAUAUUAGUUUCUAGUGUAGAAGAUGCUAUAAAAGCUCUCGAAGCUAUUGGUUGCACGAUGAGCUGUAGUAAUAGUACUUCUCUAGUGGCUCUAGCUAACGGCCACAAAGUAACCAUUCAUCACGAGAUCGAGUGUGA